AUGAACGAAGUGUUUUUCUCGGGAAUAGAAAAACCACGUUGGAUACUAUUUGGUGAUUCCUAUUCUGGUGCACUUGCAGCAUGGUUUCGUGAAAUGAACGAAGAUCUUACUAUUGCAGCAAUUGUAUCAUCUGGUGUGGUUCAAGCUGAAGUCGAUUAUUAUGAUCAUACCAAAAAUUUGGAAUAUGUAUUGAAGGAGGAGAAUGCACCGUGCGCUGAAACUAUUCGAUUGGGUAUGAAAGCACUGAUUGAAAAAACAUAUACCGCAGAUGGUAGGGCAGAAUUAGGAAAGGUUUUUAACAUGUGCGUACCAUUUACGGAGCCAUCAAUAUCAAAAGAUAUACAACUUUUUCUUGCAAGUGUUUUGUCUUUAUUUGGUGCUUUUAUACAGUAUGCAGGAGGAUGUCGAAUUCCCGAUGUGUCUUAUUUUUGUAAUCUAAUAACGCAUGGUGGUGACACAGAUGGUAUUGGGAUAAUUUUGAAUACCUGGAAAAUUCAUGAUCAAGUAUUUCAAUCUGAAGAAUGCUUUGAUCAAAGCUAUGCAAACCAUUUGGAAAAAUUGAGUGAUAUCAGUUUGGUGCAUAAUGAAUUUGUAUCGUAUCGUAGUUGGCUAUGGCUUUCCUGUACAGAACUUGGCUUUUUCAUUACAACAGACAAUGGAAAAAGCAUAUUUGGAUCAUCUGUAUCACUUGAUUAUUUUAUCGAUAAAUGCAUGGACGUAUUCGAUGUGCAGUAUGAUGCGGAACGUGUUCGUGAUGGCGUACGCAAUACAUUGCGUACAUUUGGAGGUUAUGAUAAUUAUAGAGGUAGCAAUACGAUAUUUGCAACUGGUUCAUAUGAUCCAUGGAAAUCAGCUUGUUGUUUGAAUUGUACUGAUAUUACAAGAAAUGUUUACUCUUUUAUAAUUGAAGGUGGUUCUCAUUGCAUUGACACAUGUCCUGUCAAUUUCAUCAAUUUACCAGCAUUAGAUGAUUAUCGAAUAUUUCUUGAUGAAAAAAUAGAAAUGUUUAUUGCGGAAAGCUCUACAACCAAUGAUACAGUCGCAAAUCAUCAGAAUUGUCAUCGACGUCGAUUAUUUUUGGAUAUGAUCCCGGAAAUUAUCGUCAAUUUUAGCCGCAAAUUUUUUCACGCGCACUUUUUGACUCCAAUUUUGGAGAUGGCAAACGACAAAGUGGCAAGUAUUAGAUUGCAAUUGUGUCAUAUGCUUUCAAAAAUAAAAGCAAAUUUGUAUUUGCCCCAGGAUGAGGAAAUAUUGCUACGUGUAGAAGGAAUUAUUCGUGAUUUGCUUUCCAAAGAGCAAAAUUCAUCAACGCGACAAUUAAUUCAAACGUAUGCAUGUGAAUUAUCUCGAGCUGAAACCCGAAACAAGAAUGAUAAAUCGGAUGAAUUGAAACAAAAAGCGGAGAAUGAGAUUUGGAAUCAGAAGGAAUUAACUGUCGAAGGAACAGACAGUAAUGCUUCAGAGAAAUGCCUGAGAAGUGAAAAGAGAAUUAAUGACAAAAACGAUGGUCACUUAGAUAAGGGUCCUUGGCGUACACAUAUACAACGUUCCAAAACGGCUAUUGUACGACCACAACCGCAAGUUGUUGUCACACAGCGUAGUCCAAGUCCAAUGCCACGUAACUUUAGGACUACUGUGGAAGAACGAAAAUCACGACUUCCAUUAGCUACCACACAAAACAACAGAUAUUUAGAUACAAAACAUAAAACAACAACAACAACAGCAUCACCAGCGACAUCUUCAGUCAGCAGGACCUUACCAUUAACAAGUCGCAGAGGUAGCACUCAGACGACAACCAAAUCUUCUCUUUCAACAGGUCGCAGAAGUUCAACAACUUCAGCUGGAAAACCUCCAACUGGUUUAAGUGCUGAUAACACAAAUGUUUUAAUAUCAUUGACAGCACGUCGCUCCUCAGCAACUACCGUGAUGUCGCGUUCGGUGUCAUCUUUAAAUGGAAAAGUUGGAUUAAUGCCAUCACAAUCCACCGACUCAGUCACAUUAUUUGGCCAAGGACUUAUGAAAGUUCGCAGUUUUUCAAAUAUAGCCAGGACACCAAGUCAUCUGAGUAUGAAAGUGAAAAGUAUUAAUUGA